AUGGCAAAGGAAAACAUCAAACUAUCCUUCUCCGAGAAGGUCAACUUCUUCUGGGUCCUUGCCACUGCACCUUUCUUUGUAGGAUGGGUUGGACUUCGCCAUUAUCUUCUUCCUCCGAAAGACUCCCCUGGGGUUGCUAGAAUUGUUGCGACCACGCUCUUGAAGACGUUCUGUAGGCUGUCUCAAAGACAGAUGAAAGGAAUGAUCAAUCUCCCCUUGACAGGCAAGGUCAUUGAACAAUACUGUACAAAACACGAACUCGCCCACGAAGUCGAGCAUUUGCCCAACAACGCAACACUCCAUUGGGUCGGAUCUCGGCCAGCGAAGAGGUCCAACGUAGUUCUAUACUUCCAUGGAGGCGGCUACAAUCUCCCAGCGAGUCCCGAACAUGUCGUCUUCGCCGCGCUGUGCGCCUCGGAAGCGAACUCCUCUCUGGCCAUGUUGGAAUAUACUCUGGCUCCUGAAGGACAUUUCCCUACCCAACUGAUUCAGGCCGCGGAAGCUCUGAAGCACAUUCUCACUAUUACUCCGCCGUCGAGAAUCUUCAUAGCUGGCGACUCCGCGGGAGCUCACUUGUCACUGUCCCUCCUUUCCCAUAUCAUGCACCCCUUGCCAGGAGUUACACCGAUCAAGCUAUCCGAAGACCUUGGUGGCAUUUGCCCCAUGAGUCCGUUCCUAAGCUUCGACUACAACAAGGAGAGUUAUGACUACAAUGCAGAACGGGAUUAUCUGUCUCUGUCCCAAGUAAAGGAGUUCAAUGCGAGUUUCAAGAAGCCUGGACUCACCGACGAAGAAGCGUUGAAGGAUCCGGCAUUGUCUCUUGGUGAUGCGCCCGCUGGAUGGUGGAAGAAUUGCCCUGUUGACAGAGUUCUGCUUACAAUGGGAGCUUGGGAAGUGUUUCUUGACGAUUGCAAAGCGUUCGGGGAGAGAUUGCAGAGCGAGGCGAGUCCAAAGACAAUGGUCGAGGUUGUGAUUGGUAGAAAGGAAGUUCAUGCUCCUUGCCUACAAGAUACAUUCUUGAAACGAAAAGAUGGAGAUUCGUGGAACGCGGUAAUGAAUUGGAUGAGCUUUUGA